ACAGGUGACCGCCUGCUUGAUAUCCCUUGCAAUGUCUGCGGCGACAGGAGCUCAGGAAAACAUUACGGCAUUUACAGUUGCGAUGGCUGCUCGGGAUUCUUCAAGCGGUCAAUUCAUCGAAACCGCGUGUAUACUUGCAAAGCGGGCGGCGAAAUGAAGGGCCGCUGCCCAGUGGACAAGACUCACAGAAAUCAGUGCCGCGCCUGCAGGCUCGCCAAGUGCUUUCAAGCCAACAUGAACAAAGAUGCGGUCCAGCACGAGCGAGGUCCCCGGAAGCCUAAGCCGCAUCCAGGUGCAUUAGCCUUACCGCCUUCACUCGCACACACACACAAACCGCACCCGUUGAAGCUUUCUCCUCCAUCGCCUUACACCUCAAUGGCUCAGCCGUUCAAUUUCCAGUUUAGCAUAAGCGGAAUCAGCGAACCUGCACCUUUGAGUACGGCGUCGUCCGCCGGUUCAAGCAAUACGGGUGGAGCUGGAGCGGUUAGCCCAGUGCCCUUAGUUACCGAGCCCUUCCUCGCACCACUCCCUCCUGGACUGCUACACAUGCUUAUGUCAAGUGAUAAAUGUCAGGAAUUGAUGUGGAGCGCGAAGCAAUUGCAACUUCAGGGUGACCCUUCUUUAUUGCGUCCGCCAGCAAACGCAUUCGGGACUCCACUCGCGCCUACGUGGGAGUUAUUACAAGAGACAAGCGCACGCCUCCUCUUCAUGGCGGUAAGAUGGGUGCGUUGUCUGGCACCAUUCCAGGCGCUAGCAGCGAGUGACCAGUUAGUUCUGCUGCGGUCGGCGUGGAAAGACCUGUUUGUGCUGCACCUAGCGCAGUGGUCGGCGCCGUGGGACUUAGCACCACUGCUGGCCGCUCCAGCUGCUCGAGCGAGGCUGCCACCUGAACCGCUGGCUGAUCUUGAACUUAAUACUUUACAGGAAAUCCUUUGCCGGUUUCGUCAAAUCGCCCCCGAUGGAAGCGAAUGCGGCUGCAUGAAAGCGAUAGUUCUCUUUUCACCAGAUACUCCUGGAUUGAGUGAGACACAGCCUGUAGAAAUGUUACAAGACCAAGCGCAGUGCAUUUUGGCAGACUAUGUUAGGACAAGAUACACGCGUCAACCUACCAGAUUCGGUCGUCUACUCCUCUUGCUACCAUCACUACGUGCGGUGCGAGCUCGUUCCAUAGAACUGCUUCUGUUUCGCGAAACCGUGGGCGAUGUCUCCGUAGCAACCCUGCUCCACGACAUGUAUAGGAUGCAGCCAGCACUGACGCCCGCGUUCCAGCCACAGCCGCAAACAGCCACUGAGCAUUGCUCCUCACCCUAA